UUUUCAACAGUCAUUGAUGUCGAGAAGAAGGAGUGUUAGCUGCGCACUGGAAAUGUACACUUAGGAAGUCACGGGGAAGAUGGAAAUUUGUUUUUCAACUACCGUCAAAGUGUUUUGCAACUUUACAAUGUUGGAUGAGAACCAGCUCACUGCACUAACUUGUUGUUUUUCUGCUAUAACUAAAUAAGCGGUCAAGUUUAUAGCGACCGGGAGCCUGCUUUGUGCUAGCGUUAGCAACCUCUCUGCUAGACAUCUGCUUACUGUCUUAAAUAAAAAGUUGUGCAGCAUGGCCUCAGCUGAGGUGAAAAUGCAGGAAAUGAGUGAGGUUGUGAUAGUCACAAUGUCCGAGGAGGCAGAUGGAGGCCUCGCCUCUGUGGUUGAAGAGGAUAAAGCAGUGCUGGUGGCCACAGAGCUCAGCCAUCAGCCAGGGGAGCAGGUCCUAACAGUCACUCAAGUGGAAACGGAUGAUUCCUGUAAACCAGAUUCCUUGUCAAAUGAAGAAGCAGUUAUUGUGAAGUUAACCGAGGAGGUGGAUGUAGAGGCAGACAUUUUCUACCCCAUCACGUGUGGGGACGCCACUGCCACAUUGGUGUGGAAGAAGUUUGUUUGCCCUGGGAUUAAUGUCAAAUGUGUCCAGUUUAAUAAUCAGCUCAUCAGCCCAAAGGAGUUUGUCUGCCUAGCAGGCAAAUCAACACUGAAGGACUGGAAAAGAGCCAUCAGACUCAAUGGCACCAUGCUCAGAAAAAUCAUGGACUCCGGCGAGCUGGAAUUCUACCAUCAUGCAAAAAUUUGCUCGAACACCUGUCGCAGCACCAAGAUUGACCUAUUGGGAAACAAAGUGUCCUCCAGCUCGGAUCGUGCUUGUGCAAGCACUUCAUCCACUGCUUACUUGAAUGGAGACUCCUGCCCAGAGGCUUCUGGGGGAACUUCUGCGGGGGUCGCAGACGUUGGAGAAGAUGCCGUGUCUUUCUGGCGCACACUAAAGGAAGCAGGGCUACUGGAGGAAGUGAUUGAGGACUUCCAGAAAGAGCUCCAAGAAGUGCUAAAGGGGCUGCACGAAAGAGUGUGUGAGCCAUCGUUGCAAGCCAAAGAUGCUGCUUUGCUCGACAGCAUUGUGCACAACUUUGGAAUGCUGGAUCUGGUGAAAAAGGUUCUGAGCAGUCACAAGAGCCAGAUGGACCAUUACAGAGAGCAGUACACCAAUAGCCUCGCUGCUCUGGAGCAUCAAUGUGAUGAGCACAGGAAGCGAGCCAAGGAGCUGAAGAGCAAAUCUCAACACCUCAACAACGUCCUGAUGAACCUCUCGCCAUCACCCUCAGCACCAGCCCCCAAACGCUCCCGCAUGAGCCGCGCCGUCUCCACUCCUGCCUCCAUCAGCCCGGCGCCCACACAGGUGACGCUUCCUCUCAACCAGCUGAGCGCUGUACCACUCGGAAAGCUGUUGACUGUGACGGGAGGCGCGGCAGCCCCCAACUUGGGCGGCUUUACUCUCCUGACCUCUCCGUUCAACGGGUCGGAGCUGGCGGCCGACGCUUCCAAUCUGACCGUUCUGUCUACUGUGGCGGGUCAAGAGGGGACAUCCACAGAGAACGUGGUCUCCUCGACCUUUGUCAAAAUGGUCAGUCCUCAGUUCCAGCUGGUGACGCUGCAGGGCCUACCCACCACGCAAAACACUGCAAUCGCGCAGCCGGUCAGCACCUUCGCAGUGGUGGACGCCGCGCCAACAACCACGGACGUUUUCCUACAGGGAGUCCAAGCUGGUGAGCUGGAAGAAGGUCAGCACAAUGAGGUGAGAGGUGAUGACAUGCAACAGCUGGUGGAACAACAGUGAUGGUAAAUUAGCAUUUCAUUUGUUCAGGGAUACAUCAUUUUUUGGGGUUUUUGUUUGAAAUGACAAUUACUUUCUUGGAGAAAUAAUCGAAGACCAUUAGCAGUAUUUAGCAUGUUUUUUGAAUUUGGAGCAGUUAAUAUGCCGAAAAGUGAUUCAGUGAAUCUCAGUUCGUCAUUUGUGAACUUUCAGAUUGUUUUUUGUCCAACCUAUACCCUGUUAUUUGCACCAAAAACUGCAUUUGCUUUAUUUUUUCCCCUUUUAUUCCCACGGUAACAGAGCAAUGUUGUGAAGGCUUGUGCUUAUCCGUACUAAGUUUGAGCACCCUGUGUUGGGUACCAUCACCUUUUGGCAACAUUAAGGGAACUCAAGUGCCUCAAACAAAGACGAAUUCCCCUCAUAGUAAGUCACAUGUCUCUUCUUGUCCGCUAACAUGUUGACAGAUGAGCAAAAAGUUUCAAAUAUUAUGAUUUUUUUGGGGGGGGGGGCUGUCGUCUGAAUGGCUCGUAACAUGUAAAUACUGUAUACCCUUGAGUUCAACCUGAAAUAUCAAUUUGGCAUUUUAAUUUAACUUAAAAAAACAAUAAAAGCUUUUACGUUGUACGACGAAUCCAAGUGACAGUUGAUUGUUUUUGGACUAAUGCACAUUAUAUAUGGUCACUUUUUAUCCCCCUCAGUAAAUUAGUCGGCUGCCAUUGACAGUGAUAGAAAUCCAAUCCAUUUUGAAUGGGAGAGGCUGGCGGCGUAUCAUUGCCACCAAACCUCUCCGUCAAAUGGAUUCGACUUCUAUCGCUUUCAAUGACAGCCAAUGAGUUUACAAAAUCAAGUGGGCUCCAAAUAGUGCUAUGAAACACAACAAAUUACAGGGUUUCCCCCCAGAAACCUUGGCAAGCCUGGUGCUAGAGAAGCCCACCAGCAGCUCAUAAUUUUCUUUUGUUUAAAAAAAUAAAUAAAAAAUUAAUAAAUAGAAAUGUUAAAUUGAUAGAAACUUUAAAAUUCUGACUAUUAUGUGUUAUUGUACUAUUACAUCUUGACCAAAAGAUUUUGAUAUUGUGCUUUCAAACUUAUCACUACACUUUCUUUUGUAGCGCUAUUAUAGCCUGUCGUGGAGGGGGGCAAGAAAAGCUUAGUGGCCCGCCAGGCUUAUAAAGCACGGGGGGAAACCCUGAAUUACAAUCUGCUUUUAGUCUAAUCAGUUAGAGAUGAAGCAUUGUGGGUGUAUUAUAUCAUGUAGAUCCUUGAUUUAAAAAAAAAAUCUUAAAAUAAACCACCAGAGGAGAAAUCUGGUUCUGUUUAGUUUGACAAUAUUGUAUUUUGUAUUUUUUGUUUUUUGUAACAUACACAGGUUUGUUGCACCCUCUGUCAUUCAGUGAAAAUGAAAUGUAUUUGUUCCGCCUGUAAUUUCACUUGCUUGUAUAUAUAGAGGAGCAAAUAUACAUUAUUUGGAGUGGAAAAAAUACAUCAAUGUCUUAAAAAAUAAUAAAAGUAAUAAUAGGUAAUUUCUGGGUGAAUUGGAUGUUUUCCUACAAAACACUUUGGGUAUGUGUCGUACAGUGGUUGAGAAUUACUGCUUUACCGGGUUGUAAUUGUGAUGAAUAAUACAUUUUUAUACAUUGUUCUUGGUCACAAAAUGGCGUCACAUACGUUACCUGCAUCCAAUUCCGUGUGCGUACUGUAUUUUGACGUGUAUUGGCCUCUGUCUGUAAAGGCUCAUGCUGAAAAAUACAGUAACAUUUUAUCACACUUGGCUAUAAAUGUCAAAAAAUCUGAUGUGAAUAUUAGUGAGUUACUUUCUAUUUACAGCUCUAGGCCCCACUGCGGCCUGCUGCUGAGUUUUUAUUGGCCUGCAGCAAAUGAUGAUAAUACAAAUCGCCUGCACAAAUCAGCCUACAUUCCGUUGCAUUUCUCCGUUUUACCACUAGAUAGAGCUGGUGCCUCUCCAUUAGCUCAGGGGUCAAAAUCUGGCAUUUUGAAAUCAGUGUAGAAACUAGAAUUUCAAUAUUUUAUUUCACACAAAUAAACAAACAAAAAAAUCCUGAUGAAGGCAAAAGUGUUUGCCGAAACGUGAGGUAAUUAAAACAACGUAAAACAAUUGUCUGUGAUAAAAGAAAAAUUCAACAACAACAACAACAACAAAAAAUCCAAAUUGAUAAAUAAAGCAAUCCUGGUUGGAUUUCUUGAUUUCUGCUGUCGCUGGAUAUUUUCUCUAUUUUCUGCAGUUUUUCUCAGUAGUGUAAUUAUAAAUGUGUGGGUGUAUAUACUGUACUGUAUAUAUACUGUAUAUAUACUGUGUGUAUAUAUAAAUAUUAACCAAUAUCCUUAUAUCUCAGGAUUACUAUGUUGCUUGUAGCCCUCAACUUUUUCAUCUGGGAAGGCUGACAUUGAUCAUGUUUCACUGCUAUUGACGCCGAUCGACGUCUAGUCCAAUUUGACUCUGGGGCAGCUCCUCCAGUCAAAAUGGAUUGGACAUCUUUCGCCGUCAGUCGCACCGAUUGAGUGAAUACUUGAAAAUAAUAUUUAACUAAUGAAAGUGGAAGGAUUUCAAGUUGUCCCUUGCAUCCUUUGCUUUUUUUUUCUGAAAGUGGCCCUUGGAGGUAAAAGUUAGGAUACCCCUGACGUAAACACUCCUACCUAUGACCUUUUAUUUAGCUACUUCCGGUAAUCGCCCUGUGAAUUAUCAAAUAGCCAAAUAAUUAGUUUUUCCUCAAAAUAUUUAGAAUUAAUAUUUAUAAUUUAGAUAUACGGCAUUAUUUAAUUUUGGAUUUAACUAUUAAGGUGACAAAUACUGUACUGAUGUAAAGUUAAAAAAAAAAAGAAAAA